CUCCUCCAAGGGAAAAAAAAAAACAUUUGGGAAGCAGUUGUGGCCACAAGAGUCGCAGGAGGAGUUUUCACUCACUGUUUUCAAGUUUGCAGACGGACGCAUUCAAGUGUCCAUUCCGGCUGUGGGACUUUGGAGUUACGGACUGCUCGACACCUGCCCUGCCAAGCGACGCUGAGGGGCGCGGCCGGGACCGCUGCCCGCAAAUCUCUUUUGCGACUUUACUUGGGCAACAACAUAAAAAAGUCACAACAAGGAGCGGGGAGUGCUUUUCGUUUUUAGGAACAUCCCCGGGUUUAUUCGCGCACGCUGUCCCCCUCCCCGAAGGAGCUCCGCGCGCGGACGGGGGGACUUGAUUGACUCCGUUGGCUGGAGGCACAGUAACCUGAGCCCGGUCAUCGUUGUGCUGUCAUCCUGUCAGCAGAUAAAAUGGGAUGGACGAGCUAACGCGACUGGCAGACUUCUCGGGAGACUUGGCAGACGAACGGGUUGUCACGGAGUCCCUGACAUCCACCGGCAGACUGACGUCCCUCCCGCCAAAGGGAAGCGGCGCAUCGAGUCACAGGAACAUGGCCAGCUCGAGCGGUGGGGUUGGAGGAGGAGCCUUGGAGAAGAACAUCUUAACGCAGAAGAGCAGCACGGCUUACUUCACUUCUUCCUCAGUGGGCGUGAGCAGCAGUAACUACAGCUCCUCCUCGGGGGUUUACCUGGGAGGAGACGCCAUCGGAGUAGGCAACGGCGCGGGUAGCUACCCGGACGGCGAGGGCUACGGCAGUGGCGGAGCAGGAGGAGGAGGAGGAGGAGCGGGAAGCAGCUACCUGGUCAGCUCGGUGACCAAGGUCAGCUCUACGGGCGGCAACAAGAGAACGCAGGCCACCUCUGCCGCCUCCUCAGACAGGAAGCACGCGGGGUCCAGCCGCUCUGGAGGUUACGAGGGGAGUUCCAGUGCUAAUUCUUCGCCGGAAUUUUCCCGCAAAGACUAUGGAAUCUAUUGCGCCGGCAGUUCCAGAGGGAGAAGCGAGAGCAGAGAAAGCGAAAUCCGGGCCCGGCUGCAAAGCGCCUCUCCCACGGCCGGCAGAUGGGCGGAGUUAGAUGACGUGAAAAAGCUGCUGAAGGUUCGCUCCAGCAGCUCCAGUCCCGUCCGCGCCGCCAGCACCUCAGCCAUCAUGAGCGGCCCCAAGAAGGCCAGCGUGGAGACUCAGACCAUCUCGGUGACCUCUCGGGCCUCGCAGUCGGUGUUGACCUUUGGUCCUAGCGGCAGAUCGGAUGGCUUCCACACUGUGGACUCGUCCGGCUUGCUCGAAACGGGCCUGUCGGCCGGCCACUUCAUUACGGCCGGCAAAACCGGCCAUUACGAAGGCAGCCUCAAAUCGGGCCACUAUAGUGACGCAGGGAGGUCAGACAUCGGCGUGAGGUCAGUCACGUAUGAUGCAGGCGGGAGAUCGGCCCAAUACGGUCCCGGUGUGAGAUCCAUGUCGUAUGACACCGGUGUGUGGACGGGACAUUAUAACGGCGGCGUCAAAGCAGGGCAGUACGAUACCGGCGUCAGAUCCUUGACGCAGAAUACCGGUGCCGUAUCUGCUCAGUAUAACGGCAGUUUGAGGUCAGGCCAGUACGAUACUGGCGCCAUCUCAUCCCAAUAUGGCGGUAGUUUGAGGUCCGGACAUUACGACACUGGUGUGAGGUCCUCCCAGUACAGUAUCAGUCAGAAAUCGGGCAUCCACGACUCUGGCGUGAGGUCGGCCCAGUACGACUCGGAUGCGGCGCUUCCGGGCUUCCCGUGGUCCAGCGCCACCUUGCCGUCCGCCGCCGGCACCACCGCCGCGGCGGCGGGGGGGGCCGGCAGCAGCUACUCGUACCAGGCCGGCGCCAACAACAUGUCGGGGGGAGCGACACCUAUCGGUCUGGCUGCACCCUCCCUGUCAGUAUAUGGCUUUCAGAAUAAUUUGGCGCCCACUUCUGGCGGUGCAACCACCACAAACGGCGCAAAUGCCAGCAUGACAACUUAUGGAAUGCAGAAAAAUGCGUCUGGUGUUGGCGGUGGCGUAGUCGGAGCUGGUGUCUCUUCAACCACUCGAUCCCAAAAUGGCGAUGCGUACAAGGACUAUAUGUUUGUUGAUUCAGACAAGGACAAUGCCAGGGACACAGAAACACUGAUUUUGGCAAAAGACAGUGGCAAACAGUUCACUCUGACUACAGGAGGAGGUUCCCUCUCGGGCGACUCCAUCCAGAAGGAGAAGCUCAUCACAACCUACGGUGAAGGAGCUCAGCUCAAGGCGGGGACAGGAAACGCAUACUACGGAUCAUCUGGAGUUUUAAUGAAAGACAAAGGCACGCACGCACAACUUCGCAAGAAGGGCGGCGUCUGCGGAGGCGGCUGGUGUUGCUGCUUUGACGCCUGUUGCUCGUGGUGGAAGUGGCUCCUGGGGUUCCUCCUCCUUUUCCUGCUUCUGCUUGGACUCCUUUUUGGCCUUAUUGCGCUAGCUGAGGACGUGAGAAAACUGAAGAAUCGGGUGGCCACCCUGGAGAGCGAGUCGGCCAUCAUAUCUGCUCGCACCAGUCGUCUGGUGGGGCUAGGUGACAACACCUUCGUGGACGGUGGUGGCAGCUCAUCCAAGACGGAUAUAUUCGUGUUCGGACCAGGCGGAGGGGCGGGAGGCUCAGACUCUAGUUCUGGAACGCAAAUCGGAGUUGCUGUGGGCGCUGGGGGUGGAGGUGUCGGUGCCGGAGCCGGAGCUGGAGGUGCUGGUGACACCAGUGGUACCAGCACGGGUGGCGCUGGAGCUAGUGGUACCGGUAUGGGUGGCGCUGGGGCGAGCGGAACCAGUGUGGGUAGCGCUGCAGCCGGGGCUAGUGGAACCAGUGUAGGCGGGGGUGGAGCCACUGGGACCGGCUCAAGUGGUGGCGCAGGCACGAGCUUAGGUGGCGGCUCUAGUUCCAGAGAUACUACCAUCAUUACUGGCAGUACUCACACCAGUGGCGGAACUGGAGCUGGUGCCGGUGGAGCAGGCUCUAGUGGCGGCACAGGCACCAGUGGCGGCGCAGGCACCAGCGUGGGCGGCGGGGCAGGCACCGGCAGUAUCGGCGGCGGCGGCUCCUCCUCUAGCCACACCUCGAGCCACACUAACACCUUCUCCAGCACCAGCGUGAGUCACAGGGACGGUCAAACGUUCGCCAAUGGCUUCUGGACAAGUGGCACCGGCGGUUAUGUGGACGCCACCGCCCUUCACAUGGCCAUCCAGCGCAUGGUGAGAGGGGAAAUGCAGUCGCAGGCAUUCCAAGCUUUCAUCACGGCUACAAUGCAAGGUGAAAGAGGACUGCCUGGACCUAAAGGCGACACUGGUCAACCCGGAUUUCCAGGUGCUCCCGGUCCAAUUGGUCACGAGGGUCCUCAGGGUCCAAAGGGCCAAAAAGGAAGCCACGGUGAACAGGGAUUGGAGGGUCCUCCUGGUUUGAGAGGACGAGAAGGAGCUGCUGGACCCAGAGGUGAACCAGGAUUUGGCUCUAAAGGUGACAAAGGUAAUACCGGGGAACCUGGACUCCCUGGUCAAAAAGGCGCUUCCGGGCUCCUCGGAGCACCAGGUCCUCAGGGUUUCCGUGGAGAAGCAGGACCACCUGGGCUUAAAGGUGAUCGUGGUUUACCUGGUCUGCCCGGAGCAGCUGGAGAGAAAGGAUCCAAGGGAUCGACAGGACAAGAUGGUUCAAAAGGCUCAAGAGGUGACCUUGGCAGUCCUGGUCACCCUGGACUUCGAGGUCCAGCUGGGCCGCCAGGAGAUGCUGGACCUCCAGGACCACCAGGCAAUCCAGGUCAAGCAGGUCCUAAAGGUGAUACUGGUGAUGCGGGAAGAAUUAUUAACGCAGCCGGUGUUGCCACUGUGCACAUCCCUGGACCACCUGGGCCUCGCGGACCUCAGGGAGUGUCAGGUCCAGCUGGCCCUGCAGGUCCGAAAGGUGACCGAGGAGAAUCCGGAUCAACAGUGAGGACGUCUGAGAGUUUCAGCUCAAGUGUAGCUGAGAGGCAGUUUGCUUCCGGUGGUGUGGCAUCUCGACCCGGCCCACCGGGUCCACCUGGGCCACCUGGACCGCCAGGGCAGCCAGGUUAUGGAAGACCGGGACCGAAAGGCGACAAAGGAGAUUCUGGUGUUACAACCAGUUCUGGAACUUAUUACACUGGACCACCAGGACCACCUGGGCCUGCCGGACAGAAAGGAUCCACAGGUUCCCCUGGACCGAGAGGCUACCAAGGUGAACCAGGACAACCCGGCUUGCCAGGAAGACCUGGAAGCUUGGAGAGAGUGUCCACCUAUACCGGAGAACACACAGUUCAAGGUCCCCCAGGACCACCGGGGCCUCCUGGACUGCCAGGGCCACAGGGAGUCAAAGGUGACACUGGAGCACCUGGAAUUCCAGGAUCUUCUCGAGGCUCAGUCUCGGUAACCGCAGGGCCUCCUGGUCCUCCAGGACCUCAAGGACCUCCUGGGCAGCCCGGCUCCUUCACUUCAUCCAUCGAGAUGCGCCAGUACUUGACAGACUACCUAAGUAGAAGCAGACAGUCUGGUGUUCCGGGACCUCCAGGUCCACCCGGACCUCCGGGACAACCCGGAAGCUACACUGGUUCCAUCGAGGAGAUCUCCGCUCGUAUGGUUGCCUACUUGCAACGUUCUGGCUCCCGCUCGGGCAUCAGCAUUGGUGUUCAGGGUCUACCAGGGCCACCUGGACCCCCUGGACCUGGAGGGGCCCUAACUGUCAAUGGUCUCAUUGCCAUGCUGCAAAGAGAAGACGUGAGGAGAUACCUGUCAGGCCCGCCGGGUCCUCAAGGACCACCUGGACCACCAGGUGGCACAGGAGGAAUUUCUAGCGUUUACAGUAUAGAGGAGGUAGCGACAUAUAUCUUCAACAUCAUGAACGAGAGAGGAAUAGCGAGAGGACCGCCUGGCCCACCAGGACUCCCCGGGCCUCCAGGAACAGGCAGCUCGGGUGGCGCAGGCUACUCAACAGUUUCAAUCGAUUACACGGCGCUAGUUAGAAAUCCAGAUUUCCGUGCGUGGAUCGGUUCCGCCGUACACCAAGGUCCCCCCGGUCCUCCCGGUACUCCUGGCCAACCUGGACCUCCCGGUCCUCAGGGGCCGUCGGGGGUCUCGACUGCCACCGUGGUGGGGACGGGCGGUCGCGGAUACAGCUUGGAGGAGCUUCAACGUUACCUGCAGGGCUCUAGCUUCAGAGGUCUUCCAGGUCCUCCCGGACCUCCAGGCCCACAAGGACCACCCGGUAGUUCCAGCGGCACCGUUACUUACACCGGAACUUUCCCUCGGGAGACCAUCCGUUCUGAAGUCCACGACUACCUGACCACUGACAGUGUCCGACGCGCUCUUACCGGACCGCCGGGCCCUCCGGGACCGAGAGGCCAAAAAGGAGAUCGUGGAGAGACGGGUUACGUCCAAAGACAAAGCAGCCAGAGUCAAAGCUCUUCUCAAAGCGACUCCCGCUCUGCCUCGCAGCAGCACGAAAUCGACGUUAGCAAACUGAGCGAAACCAUGGACUACAGAAGCGUGGCCGUCAAAGUCUCAGACUACAUAAAGAACCAAGGACUGCUACAGGAGUACCUGGUGGAGGGUCCUUGGAGGACUCACAUAAGAGCUGUCCAAGGUCCUCCUGGCCCACCGGGACCCCCCGGAGUGCCCGGUUACAGCCGUGUGAUUGCAGCCUAUGGCAACGUCACGGCUGACCUCAUGGACUUCUUCAGAACUCACGGUACCGUCCCUGGUCCUCCGGGAAUCGCCGGACCAAGAGGAGACAGAGGCUACCCGGGACCCAAGGGAGAUAAGGGUGAUGCCGGACGUCCGGGUUUACCUGGAAUUCCAGGGACGUACACGAUCCAAAUACCACAUCGCGUACAGAGGCGGGACACAGGAGGCAACGUAAUCAAGCGGGAGCAGCAGGAAGGUCCAGCAGACGGCGGCUGAAGCGUGGCUACUGCUUUUUUUUUGUCUCUGUUCUCAACAGAAGCAAUGCAAGUAGAAGAAAAAAAACAAAAACAAAAAACUGCUUUAGCGAUUAGCUCUCUAGCUUUGCUGCUGGCCGGUGUUUAGGUUUUGGACAAAUUUUCCAUUGUUCAGAUGUGGAUGAUAUUUGCUUUUAGAUGAAAAUAUUAUUUUAAAAUUAAGAUUGAGUGACUAAAGUUUUAAUGUUUUUGAGUAUUCUACUGUAUUGAGGUCAACGCGUUAAAUGCUGUUUUAUGAACAUUUCCAUGAUAUUAUUUUUGGCAAUUUGCUUCCAGGAUGCAUCCAAAUUAUUGACAUUUUCCUAAUGUAACCUAUUAAUGUUACAAUUGUAGCAUUAGCAUUCACCCAGCCAAGUUACAUCAUCGCUUGCUGUAUUCAGCACUGAUUUUUACUGUACUUGAAGAUGUUGAAGAAUACUAUGCAAACAAAGCAAUAUUCCGCUUUCGGUAUGCAAAUGAAGCUGAAGGAAAAACUGAUUAGAUUGUAUAUUUUUGUAUAAGAGAACACUGACUGAUUUACUGACUUUCUACCGUCACAUUUUUUUUUUGGAAACCAUUAAAUUAUAAAUUGCU